UGUCUGUAAACCCCACAUCCUUUAUCUUUGUUUCUCCCUCCCUCGCUUCCUCAACCCAAGGUCCCCAAUUCAUUAAAACAACAUCAUCAGAAUAAACAAAGGACUGUAGGAGAAAUAGGAACAGAGCAGAGAGCUCAGACACGAGUUUCAUUGAUCAUUUCUCCCACUCAGAAUCUCUCGGUUUCGCCCUUGCUCAGCACGUACGAAAUCAGUCACCCAGUCGUUCAUUCUCUCUUUCUCCAUUUGAAUAAUGGCAUUCAAUUCAAUCUCCCUCCCUAAGCACUCUCUACCACCGUCACUCCCCGCUAUAAACCCUAAAACUCCAUCUUCCCAAAUCAUCCCCAUUCUCUCCCAAUCAUCGCAAUCACAAUUCUACGGUGUAAAGCUUUCUACUACUAUUACUACUACUACUACUACUUGUUCUAUUUCAGUCCCAGCUAUUCGCUCUCUGAGGACUUCCAUUUUUGCCAAGGUGUCGAAAGGUCAGGUGCCUCCUUCCUUCACGUUGAAAGAUCAGGAAGGAAGGAAUGUGAGUCUCUCCAAGUUUAAAGGAAAACCAGUUGUGCUCUAUUUCUACCCAGCCGAUGAGACCCCUGGCUGCACUAAGCAGGCCUGUGCUUUCAGGGACUCCUACGAGAAAUUUAAGAAAGCCGGAGCUGAAGUUGUAGGGAUUAGUGGCGAUGAUACGGCAUCCCACAAGGCAUUUGCCAAGAAAUACCGGCUUCCAUUUACGUUGCUGAGUGACGAUGGAAACAAGGUGAGGAAAGAGUGGGGAGUGCCGUCGGAUCUGUUUGGAACAUUGCCAGGGAGAGAGACUUAUGUUCUUGACAGAAAUGGUGUAGUUAAGCUCGUCUACAACAAUCAAUUCCAACCUGAGAAGCACAUCGACGAGACUCUCAAGCUUCUUCAGAGCCUUUGAUCUAUCUAUCUAUCUAUCUCUGUUCUUAAUUGGGCUUUUCCAUCUUGAGUUAUGAUGAGUUUUUUUUUUUUACUUGUAACUACUUUCCUCCUCAUUUUUGUCAGGUUUCUGCCUUGUUGAUCUAUCUAUUUGCAUUCCUAAAAGGUGGGAACUUUUCCCAUUAUCAACAGAAAUGCAUGUUUGUAGUUGUUAAUGAAUUCCCUAGAACUUGACUUCUACA